UUUUCAAUGGCAUGGAUUCGAAGAUCUAUACAAAGACCGUUUCUUUUCCUUACCCUAAGAAAAGGAAGAAAGCCAUUUCACUAUAAGAAAGAAACCUUUCUUUCUUUCUUUCUUUCAUUCUCGAAAUCAUGGGUUCUCAAGAAUACGUCUCCUACAGAAAUAAGGUGCACAAUUUAAAAGUUGAGUUAGAACGUUUAAGAAAGGAGAAUGAAGGAUUGAACCGUAUCCUUUCUACCAUGUACAGCAACUACGAAAUUCUGGAGGCCCAUUUGAAGAGGAAGAGAGCCCAUGAGGAGGGAAAUAUUGCCAUGGUGCUUAGGCAUGACUCGGACCAAAGACAGCUGACCAGACCCAUUGCACCACCUACGCGACCGAAGGAGCGGCAUGUCUUUGUUAGAACUGAUGCACGUGACAAUGGCUUGACAGUGAGGGAUGGGUACCAAUGGAGGAAAUACGGACAGAAGGUCACGAAAGAUAAUCCAUCACCCCGAGCUUAUUUUAGAUGUGCUACAGAUCCUUCAUGCCCCGUCAAGAGGAAGGUGCAAAGAUGCGCGGAAGAUGAGUCGGUUCUCAUGGUGACAUAUGAAGGAGAGCACACCCAUGGGCUAGUUGGUGGGAUGCAUGGCUGCAAUGCCAGUUCGUUCUGUUCGGUUUCAGUUAAUCCUCUCCAUCCAUCCAUCACCACUGAUCUAACUCUAAGUGACACCAAUCACAAAACCUUAACCGUCCAUCAAAACUUCACUAAUAGUAGUAUGGAAGAAUACGUGGCCUCCUUGUCCAGGGACCCCAACUUCAUUUCAGCAUUAGCGACUUCAGUUGCAGGCUCUAUUAUCUACCAUCCUAAUCCGGCAUAGAGAUGCAUUUUUCUGUAUGAUUCGGAUAAUGUUAACGGUGGUCAUGAUUUUAGGGGCCCACUGUCUGAUUAGUGAGGGACAUCAAAGCCUUCAGAUGCGGCUU